AUGGAAAUCAAUAUCUUAAAUUGUCGUUUAUCUAAUAGAAGUUCCAACAAUGAAUAUGAUUUUCUUCUUUUCUUAAAAGAUGCUUCUUUGUUUUCUUUUCUAUUAGAUAAAAAUCACUGGCCUAUUACCUUUAGUAAUGAAAAUUAUACAUUUCCAUCUUCUCCUUCUAUUCCACCACAGUUAUCAUUGUUAGUCAAAAAUGUAGAUCUUCGCUUGGAUUUCAAUGAAUUUUGUCAAGAAAUUCAAACACGUUAUCCACAAGCUAAAAAUGUUAUUAGAUUAAAAAAUAAAUUUAACAAUGAUAUUAAAUUAGUCAAACUUGAAUUAGCUUCUUCUACUGUACGUGAAGAAUUAUUAAUUAAAAGAAAAAUAACUGUUGGUUAUAUAGUCUAUGAUAUUGAUGAAUAUUUAGCCCCUGCAAAUAUUUUAAUUUGUUCUAAAUGCAUGGGUUUAGGUCACUUCAUGAAACAAUGUACCCAGGUCAAGAGUACUUGUCGAACAUGUGGUGAAUGUGCUGAUGAUAUAAAAUUACAUAUUUGCUCUAAAAUCGAAAAAUGUAUUCACUGUGAACAAAAUCAUAAGUCAAACUCUCUUAAAUGCAAAGUAGUAAAAUCGUUUAGAUCUGAAUCAACACGUAAAUUAUUAUCUCCCAAUAAUCGUUCAACUUCUUCCACGGUAUGA